AUGACAUCCACCCAGGGCAUGUCGUUCGGCGACACCAUUCAAUACUCGGCUAGGGGGGUUAUGGGAUGUACGAGACUCCAGACCGGCGCACCACCAGAGGAAAUGGUCCCAGAGGUGGAAAGAUCUUUGUGGUCGCGACCAAACGUAGUGUCGGGGCUCUUUACUAUGAUGAUAUGUGUCCUUCAAUGCCUCGCUGGCCGAUAUACAGAGCUAAAAUUAUGGAAUUUCACCCAGAAGAUCGAGACAGUUAUCGGUAGGCCCGCUUUUAUUCUCCACCAAUGUCCUAUUAUCGUUCACUCAUCCGAUCUUCCCACCAAUUGGGAAAUCAGUGCCGCCCACCCGGUCCGAAACGGAGUUUCGGUCUUCAGAACCCUCUCAGGUAACUUAGAGGACAGAGUGACAACCUAG